ACAUGCGCAGUGAGCGCGCGUGGUGCGGCGCCGGCGGUCGCCAUGAUGACGCGGGGAGGAGCUGUUGAGGGCGGGCGCUCGGCGGUGCUAACGUGUCACUGACCUCAGUGCUGCUCUGUGACAGGAAUGGAAGACGAGGAGAGACAGAAGAAGCUGGAGGCCGGUAAAGCCAAGCUUGCCCAAUUCCGGCAAAGGAAAGCUCAAACUGAUCAAAUUCCAGUGAAAAAGCAGAAGAAGAAGAAAAAGAAGGCAAGCAAUAAAGCAGAGGAACAAGUACAAGGUGGCAAAGAUAAAGAUCAGUUGCAAAGUGAUGAGACUUGUGCAGGGAAAGGACCAUCAAGUGACGGUGCAGAGUUCAUAAUUACCAGAACUUUACGCAGUGGAGAUACGAUCAAACAGGAUCAGACCUAUACAAUUGAGCCGGAGAGUGAAGUGUCAACAACAGCUGAAGACUAUACAUCAGAGACCAAUGGUUGCUAUACAGUACAAUACGGAACAAUAUUUAAACUGGAAGAUUUAAUAAGGGAAGAUGAAUUCAGCAUGUCAGAAACUCGUUCUGAGCACGACACACAGCCCACUCAGACAAGGCUGGAAACGAUGGAGGAGGAAUUGACUGCAAAACAACAAGAGAUUGAAGAGCUGAGCAGGGAACUUGAAGAGCUGAGGGGUCUAUGUGGUACAGAAGGGUUGCAGCAGCUACAGGAGUUUGAGACUGCAGUCAAACAGAGAGAUGGCAUUAUUACUCAACUCACUGCUAAUCUACAACAAGCCAGAAAAGAGAAAGAUGAAAUUCGACAAGAAUUUUUGGAUUUAACAGAUCAAAGUCAAAAGCUACAAAUUCAGUUCCAACAGUUACAAGCUGGUGAAACUUUAAGAAAUACGAGCCAUGGUACCACAGCAGUCGACUUAUUACAGGCCAAGCAGCAGCUCAUCACCUACCAACAGCAAAUUGAUGACUUGGAGCAACAAAUGAAAACAUUACAGACAAAGAACGAGGAACACCUUGACCAAAUAAAUCUUUUACAGAUCCAGCUUCAAGAAAGGAUGAUGAUUGACAAAGAAAAGUCUGAUACUGAUAGACAAAAGCUCCAGAACCAAGAUCAAAUAAUUGAACAGCUUGAAAAAACACUAAAAGAACAUGAGAGUACUAUACUGUUGCUGAAAGAUAAAGUACAUGGCUCUGAUAAAUUCGUCAAAGAUUUACAUGACCAAUUAUUGCAAAGAAAUCAAGAGACUGAGAGUCUAAGGACUGAAUUAACUAACUCAAAGCAGCGGGAGAGACAGUCAUCCAAUGAAAUAAAGCAACUAAUGGGUAGUGUGGAAGCUCUUCAGAAACAAUAUCACAAGGGUAGUCAAGCUGAUUUAGAAACUGUACAAAGGAUUGAAAUAGAAACUCAUCGGAAAAUGGAGCAACUUCAAGCAGAAUUGGAUGAGAUGUAUGGAAAACAGAUUGUACAGAUAAAACAGGAAUUGCAGCAACAGCAUAUUUCAGAAAUUGGAAGACUUACUGAACAGCAUAAUAUUGAAAUGGAAAGAGCCUUAAAUCAUUCUGUGAGCAACUUAGUUAAUGAAGAACAAAUUACUUUGCUAAAUGUUGCAAUCAAUGAACUCAAUAUCAAAUUACGAGAGGCACAUUUUCAGAAAGAUCAGGUAAGGCAAGAAAUGACGCAACAACUGGAAAGACUCUCUAAAGAAAAGAUCCAGCUGCAAAACCAAAUCCAAGAUCUCCUGGUAGAGCUGAGAUUUGCUAAGGAUCAGAUUCAGAAAACCUCAGAAAGUAUUAACUAUCAGGAGCACAAAAUGCGUGAGAUGGAAGAACUGAAAGAUGUUAUUGAACAAAUGAAGGCCCAGCUGCUAUCUGCUUCAGAAGCUCAUAGAGAGUUGGAGUCAAAGCAUGAAUCAGAAGUUACAAAUUAUAAGAUUAAACUUGAAAUGCUGGAGAGGGAAAAAGUUGCGGUUCUGGAUAGAAUGGCUGAAUCUCAGGAGGCUGAAUUAGAUAGAUUGAGGACUCAACUUCUCUUCAGCCAUGAGGAAGAGCUAGUCAAGCUAAGAGAAGACCUAGAAAGGGAACAUAAACUAAAUAUUGAUAAUCUUAAAGAAGAUUUGUCUUUGAAACAGACUCAACAGUUGGAAAACUUGCAAAAUGAGCUGGGUCAAAAAAAUGAAGUAAUAACAUCUGAGAGGGAUUGUAUGAUCAUUGAAAAGAACCAAUUGAUGUCUGAGAUAACAAUUUUAAAAGAGGAGCUACAUUUGUCUCUUAAGAACUCCAAAGUAGAAGAAAUGGUUUUUCAGAUAAGUGAACUUGAAAUGGAAAUUGACACAUUACGAAAAGAUGAGAAAGAAAAGGGUAUGAUGGAACAAGAACUCCAAGAACUGCAAGACAGGAAUAAUAUUUUGGAGAAACAAUUGAAACAGCAGGAAGCUGCGGACAUACAAAUUAAAAUGCUUCAAGAAGGAAAGGAAAAUCUGGUAGAAACAAAUGAAAUGAGAAGGCACAUAGAAAGACUUAUUAGAGAGAAUGAACAGCUUCAAGUCCAUGAGAAAGAGCUCAAAGAGGAGAUAGAGAGACAAAGGAACACUUUUUCUUUUGCAGAAAAAAACUUUGAGGUUAACUUUCAAGAAUUGCAGGAUGAAUAUGAUUGUUUAUUGAAAAUGAAGUCAGACAUAGAAGAAAAGAUGAUAAAACAAGAAAUUGAAUAUGAAACUAAGCUUAAGAUCUUAAAUGAACAACUGCAGCUCUUAGAGUUGAAACAAGCUGAAAAUCGUACAGUAAUGAGCAAAGGGAAGAAGAAAACUCUUCACAAUUCCAAAGGCCAAUUUGAAAUGAUAAAAACUCUGGAAAGCAGAGAGUUCAUUGAAAAGGAUUCAACUGAGCUCAUGGAAAAACUGGAGCUAGCUCAACAGGAGAAAAGUGAGCUUUCUAAAAGACUCUCAAAUCUUUCAGAACUUUUAACUUUGAGACAAAGUGAAAUUGAGCAACUGAAAAGCAAAUUAAAGUCGAUAAAAGAGUAUUCCGGAGAAAAAUGUGAAGAGACGAAAAAAAUUAUCACGGCUGUUCAGGUGAAGUCUCAGGAAAAGCACCGAGUAUCUCACAUAAAUUUAAUCAAAAAUGAGACUAAACGUGAGCCUCAAGAACAAGCUGUUAAAGACUGUGCUGCUGAAUUGUGUGAGUUAUAUGAUCAUGAACAACAGAAAGGAAAUCUAAUGGAUCAAAUAAGUUCUCUCCAAAACUCCCUCCAGGUUAUUGCUUUAGAAAGGGAUGAGAUCAAACAAAAUCAAAUUAACCUUAUUCGAGAAAAAGAAGUGCUAUUGACCCAAAUCCAGCAUUUCAAAGAUAAACCAGUAAGUGAAUCUGUAGCCAGUCUACAAGCUGAGAGAGAUCGUCUCCGUCAGCAGCUGGAGUCUGUUCGCGCUCAACAACUGGGAAUGGCUGAACUUGUACAGCAGAAGACCUUGCUGGAGGAAACCCUUCACAAAAAGCAGGAGGAAAUGGAAAAUAUUCUGAUUGUUGCUCAGCAGGAGAAGUUGGAACUGGAGAAAAAAAUUGCAGCACACAUUGGAGGUUCUGUUUCUGCCCACGAUCCUGUGCUGGAAAAAACGGAGGUGAAAGAUGCACAGCUUGAAGAUUCCCAGCGACACAAAGAGCAAGAAGUAGAGGUAAAAGAUGCACAGCUUGAAAAAUCGCAGAGACACAGAGAGCAGGAGAUAGAGGCUGAGAUAAGGCUGCACUUAGAGGCUCAGCGCAUAAGUCUCACUCAAAUUCAUGCUGCUCAGCUGGAGCUUACCUGUGAUGGUUUGAAAACUGAAAAAGCAAGAGCUUUGGACAGUCUCCAGGAGAAGCUCACAGCCAGCCAUACUUUGGAGGUAGAAAAGCUUCACACACUGUACCAGCAGCAAUUACAGGACUUGGAAGCCCAUCAGAAAGGCUCUGAAGAAUCUUCUGAAACACUGAUCAACAAGCUCAACGAGAAGAUCUCUAUCGAAUGUAUGGAACUCACUCAGUCAUUUACGAAUGUGCUGGAUGAGGAUUAUUUGGCAAAGAAAAANGGGAAUAAGGAGCAGACUAAGGAAGCUUUAGAGUUCGCCAAUGCAGACCUAUUUGCAAAGGAAGAUUAUAAAAAGCAAAGAGACCCCACUGAUAAAGCAAGAGCAAUACAAACAAAACUGCAGAUGUUCCAUAGAAAGAUAGUUGAGGAAUAUAGUCGACUAAAAGCUCUUCAAAUACAACUCAUUGAUGACCGUCAACAGAUUGAAGAUCUGCAGGCUGCAUAUGUCAAUUUGCAGUUACGUACUGAAGAGGAGACUGCCAGCUUCCAAAUUCAAAUCGAAAGCGCACGUGCCAGUUCAGGAGAUCUUAAUGAUCUUAAGGAGCAAUUACAAGUCCGGUCAGCUCGGCUUCAAGAGAUUGAAAAGCUGAAACAGGAGUUUAAUGAACAACAGGCACAGCUAACGGAGCAACAUAUACAGGAAAUAGAAAAUCUUCGGGCUACUCACGAACAGCAGUGCAAAGAAACUGAGGAGAAAUACACUGCAGACAUCCUUGGACUACAACAGGAGCUGCAAAAAGUGACUGCUUCAAUUCCACAAUCCAGGUCUGAAGUAAAUGUGUCUGAAGUACAAAUGGCUGACAUCUGCGCUGUUGGUGAUGUAGAACAACAACAUUCAGAAGAACUAAUGCUGGACACUGAACUGGAUAGCACUUUUGAACAGCAAUGGUUAAUGAAACGUCCUCAUCUUGCAAGACAGAUGGAAAUAUUGAAAAAGACCUUGUAUGCCAAAUAUAUCCAAAAGAUAUCUAAUUUGAAAGAGCAACACAAACAAGAACUAAAUCGAAUGGAAGCAAUGCUAAGCAAACAGUAUCUGGAGGAUAUGGACGUGUUUGAAAAGGAAACUACAAAGCUACCUGAGGAAAGUAUUGGAGAUCAAGAUUUGCAUAAAGUAAUGCAACCUGUUAAUCUGGAGGAGAUUACAGAGCAAAAAGAUGAACCUCUUCACAUUAUACAGCUUCUAGAGAAACAACAUGAAGAACAUAUGCAUGAAGAAAUAGCCAAGGUGAUUGUACAGAUGUCCGUAGGGUUUGCUCAGCAGACUGAGCUGGCUAGGAUAAAUAGCAAUCUGCAAGAAGAACCUGCACGCAAGUUAAGCGAGGAAGAAUUGGAAAAAGAAAUGGAGCAGAGAAUGGAUACGUUAAAGCAAGAUCUUCAGUGUCAAUUUGAGGCGGACAGAAAAACGCAGGAGGCACGGUUUUCAGCAGAAAAAGAAGAGCUUGAAAGAAUUCUGAAACAGAAGAAUGAAGAGCUUGCGACUGUUGAAAGGCGAUUGCAAAAUUAUACAGUUAAACAUGAAUUGGAAAUGCAGGACGUGGUGUCAGGAACCGCACUGCGAGAGGAAUUUGUAAAAGCUAACCAGGGACUACAGGGGGAAAACCAGGCUAAGGAUAUUUUCGGUUUGAAUGAAAUAAGCUUUGAAAAUAAAUCAGAAUGUAUUCAUUUGGAGAGUCCAGAGACUGAAAAGGGAAGAAAAGACAGUGACUUUGAGAGGGUCUAUCAGGAGAGAUUGGAAGACAUGAGACAGGAGUUUGUUCGUCAGGACCAGGAGCACCAACAAACUGUGGAAGCCUUACGACAAUCCCACACGCAGCAGCUAGAAAGACUGCAGGAAGAGCAGGAGCAGUUGUUAACUGAGAUAGGAAAACUGAAGGCACAGCUUGCAGAGAGUGAUCCUGUUUGUAACGAGAUCCUGGUCUCAGAAAAUGAAAGAAUGCUAGCUGAAUUGGAAACCUUUAAACAGCUCCAUGUUACUGGAAAGGAAGUACUCCCUCAGGAAAUGUGUAACAACAGCACACAGACCGACAAGGAUGAUACGGAAGUCCGAAGAAAAUCUGAAGAGCAGUCCAGUGAGCCGGAAGGCUACUCAGCGAGUCAAGGAAAAUUUGAAGAAUUAAACUCCUCUGUCCUCGCAAGAGAAAGAAAUUGUUUCCAGGAGGCCAAUGAAAGGCUCUUAAAAGUAUUGUCAGAGAUUGCAAAGACAACGGUGGCCGCAGAGGAAACUAUAAGUAGACAUGUUUCAGCCCUAAUACAGAGAGCAAGCAGGGCACAGUCUUCUAGAUCAUCUAUGUGGGAACGAGCGCCACAAGAGUCAGGUGAACCACAGAAGUCGUUCUUGUUGUUGAAUCAGGGAGCAGGGGGAGAAAAACUUUCGGAUAGCUAUCAUGACAGUGAAGGAGGCGAUGAUUCUAGUAUGUGGUCAGGAGGAACAGAUGAGGGACUGGAGCUCUCGCAGCAUUUCACACAGAGCAUCUUCAGUGGUGCUGAGCUGGAUCCUGACAAUGAAGAGUGUGUACUAAACGUUGGUACCCGUCUGCAAGCAGCUUUAGAAAAACUACUAGAAGCCAUCACUGAAAUUGCCAGCCAGCUUGAUCAUGCCAGAGUCACGCAAACAGAACUCGUACGGGAUUCUAUCAGAAAGAAAGAAGAGCUUGCUGACCUCCGCAAGCACCAAGAGGAAGUCACUGAGCAACUCAGCGAAGAGACUAAGGCCAGGGAACAGCUGGCAUUGGCACUGCACAAAGCAGAAGGCCUUAUUGAUGGUUACACAGACGAGAAAGCUAAAUUGGAGGAGCAGUUUCGAGAGAAAGCUGAGAUUCAACAUCAGCUUGAACAGGAGCUCCAGCACACAAGCAGCCGUCUGCAUGAGCUGGAAGAAGAGAGACAACAGCUUCAGCAAGAGAGGGAGUUGAUCACAAGGCAACAAGAUGCGAUGAAGGAAAGUGCUGGAACUGUGGAGCUCCGCCUAGUUGAAGCUGCAGGUGCAGCACCAGAAGCAGAACUUCUGGAGGAAACGGAAAAGCUCAUGAAGGAGAAACGGGAAGUGCAGCGUCAGGCAGAGAAAGAACAAGGCGACUUUGCAAAGCAAGUGAAGAUGCUGGAAAGUGAGUUAGAGGAGCAGGUGAACAAAAGCAUAGAAUUGGAACAGGAGAAGAAAGUUGAGAUUCUAGACCUGCAGCAGCAAAUUGUUGCUCUGGAAAAACAACUGGAGAAGAACCGGAAAUUCCUGGAUGAGCAAGCAAUCGAUCGAGAACAGGAGAGAGAUGUGUUUCAGCACGAGAUUCAGAAAUUAGAGCAACAACUGAAGACUCCACAAAGGCUCCAACCUAUUACUGAUCAACGAAAUAGAGAAAUUGCACAUUUGUCAGAUCAGUUGAAAGACAAGACUGAUAGGUGCAGUGAACUUUUGCUUGCUAAAGAACAACUUCAGAGGGAUGUACAAGAACGCAAUGAAGAAAUGGAGAAACUGGAAAACCGCAUUAGAGAACUGGAGCAAGCACUUAUCAUUAGCACUGAUCCUAUACAGAAGGUUGAAGAAAGAAAACCAUUUGCAACCAUACAAGUCAAAGGAGGCAAAAAUCUUGAAACACAACUUCAAGCAGAACGUGAGGCUUUGGAACGAAAAGCGAAAGAGAUUUCAAACCUGGAAGAACAGUUGGAGCAGUUCAGAGAAGAACUGUUAAACAAACAUGAAGAAGUUCAGCAGUUGCACAUGCAGCUAGAAAUUCAAAGAAAAGAAUCUGGUACUCGGCUGCAAGAGGCUCAGCAAGAACACAGCCGGCUUCAGAAUGAAGUGGAAAGCUUACAACAGUCUGUGCACGACUCCAGUGAAUCAUCUGGUGAUGGUUACCGUUCAUCAGCUAGGAGGUUGUCUCAGACUCUCAAGGAAAAGGACCAAGAAAUAGAACAUCUCAAUGAGCAGCUUAUAAAGUUACAGCAACAGCUUCAUAUCACUUCUCACAAUAAGGUAAUUGAGGGAAAAGAUACCCACAUCCGGGAGUUGGAAGCACAAAUUGAAUGUCUUAAGAGUGACCAAGUGUGUCUGAAGAAGAGUAAUGAAGAAGAGGUUGAACAGUUAAAUGAUGUGAUAGAAAAACUGCAGCAAGAGCUAACUAAAAUCAUUCCUGCUCCUGAGGAUGCAGAAAAUUUCAAAGCUCAGCUUUGUGUGAUAACAGGAGAAAAAGCAAAGCUGCAGCAGCAAAUGGACAAGGGAAAUGAGGACAUGCAUCACACACAGAAGGAGCUAGAAGAACUAAAGUGUGAAAUGUUGCAAACAACUCAAGAACUGCAGUUGAUGAAGACUGAGCACAGCACACUGUUAGAGAAAUAUCGAAAUAUGCAGACACAGGGUGCUGUAAACCCUGGUGCAGAAAUUUUAGAGAAGGGAACCAGUGAGCAAAUGAUUCAGGAAAAGCCUGCAAGUUUCUUAGUAAGUGAAGAUGGAGUGAAACCUGUUGAACACACCAAAGAUCUGAAAGGAAGUGCGGACAUAAGCAUUCAGGCACUGCAAGCAGCUAUUGAAAAAAGAGACAGAGAACUAGAAGCAUGUUAUCAGCAGAUACAGAACCUUAGAGAACAAAUCCAAACUGAAGCGCAGGGGCAUGAGAAGCAAGUUCUUGAACUGGAAGAAGCUAUCAGAGAGAAAGUGGCAACCGUUCUUGUGAGCCAGGCCCAGUUAAAGGCGGUACAACAACAAGUAAAUAGCAGCUCUGCUGAACCCCUGAGCCAGAUUAAACAUGGGAAAAAUAUUGAUGGUGUUGAAAAAAAGUCUGAAGUGGCAGAACCCUCCCCAGAAGAAUCUUUUAAAGAAAAGCCAUCGAUGCUCUUCAGGGGAUCAGAAGAUGUAGAUCAAGGAAGUCAACAAAACCUAACCAAGGCAGCACAUGUUGAGGAUCAGGCAACAGAAGAUGUGAUGGUGUUAAGAGCGAGACUAACAGAGUUGCUGCAGCAGGUAACAGACCUCCAGAAAAACCUUGAGCUUGAGAGGAAACUGGUAGCAAGUACUCAGCAAGAAGCUGCAGAGAAAGAAACAAAGUUGAUAGAGUUGAAUCACAAGUUAUUGGAGAUGAAAAGUUCAACAGAACAAGAUCCUGGUAGAGGGAGUUCAAAGUUUCCCCACUUUAAUGAAAAGGAAGGAAGACAGCUUGAGAUUUCUGCUCAACAAAGCACUGCCUCAGUAGUGGAGCUAGUUUCAGAACUAGAACAGGUUAAAGUGGAUGCUGCACUCACCAAAGAAGAACUAAACAACUACAGGGAAAGGACAGAGAAACUUCAAGAAGACUUGCAGGUAAAAGAACACACCAUAAGCAAUCUUCAAGAGCAGCUUGGCAUUGUAAAAGAGGCCUUAGCCCAAGCAGAAGGGAAGCUUGGCUCCUUUAAACAAGGAGUGCAGCAGUCAUCUUUGAAGAUUGAAAACAUAGACACUGAUGAACCAAAGAGUACUUUGGUCAAAGAAAGUCCAAUAAAAACACUGGGCACUUACAAAGAUGCAGCAGUACAAACUGAUCUGGAGCCCCUGUGCACUAGUUCUUCAGAAGAUACUGCAGAAAUCAGAAGGCAGUGCUCAGAAAAGAUUGGCCAACUCCAAGACCUACAUGCUGCUGAAAUAACAAACAUGGAAACAAGACAUUCUGCUGAAACUGAGGCCUUGAAAAAAGAGUAUGCUGUACAGGUGGAAGCACUUAGAGAACUCGGUGCUGUUAAAACAGUGAUUAGUAGCUCCAGAGAGGGUCAUCUAGAUAGUCAAGCACCAACUGGCAGGCCACAGCUCAGGGACAGUGAUGGCAGCUCUGAAGGGAGCCAGGGAGCAUAUUUUGAUAUUAGCCCUGAAGGACAAGAAUACAGAAACAUGCCAGAGGGAACCAAGAAAGAGAGCAACAUGUUGCAAAUAGCUCAUACAGCUCUUGGGCAGGGUACAGAGAAGUUUCCUGACAAAAUAAAGACUCUGCUGCGGGAAGUCCAUCAGGAGGGUAUGCAAGUGCUGUCCCUUACAGAACUGCCCUUUGUGGAAGGACCGCAACAACUUCUAAACUACCCAGAUGUUUGGCUUCAGGAAAGGCGGGCACUUUUAGACCUUGUGCAGUCACUUAAAGAUGUGGUUUCCAAAACAAAAGGCAGUGGGGAAACAAAGGGUGCAUCUCCUGAAAGUAUCACUGAUUGGCGCCAGGAACUUCUUCAGGCUGUACAGGCUGUUUUUGACAAGGAACAUGAUGUCUUGAUAGCCUCACUUCAUGCACAAUCUUCAUCCCUGAGCCCUGCAGAUGCAAUGACUCUAAUGAGCCUACUGCAAGAACAGGUAAUGCAGAGGAGAGCAGAUGUGGAACAUUUAAUGAUUGCAGAUAGGAAUAGCAUGAUGAUGGAAAUUCGGGAACUGUGGUCUUAUCUGCAUAGAAUGCAGCAGGGUGAGACGGGGCCUCCAACAGCAGAGGAACAGGUUCCACAAAGAAAUCUAGUGGAACUUUUGGAGCCCAACGUACAACAGAAACAAUCUCAGAUUCUGGAGUUACAAAUUGAGCUGAGCGCACUUAAAGAGAAGGGAAUGGAAGUUCAGGAGCAGUUGAAUUCUGAGAAGAUGAUGGUGGCAGAACUGAAAAAUGAACUUUCUCAAACUAAACUGGAACUUGAAACAACACUCAAGGCACAACACAAGCACUUUAAAGAGCAGGAGACCCUGAGAAUGGAGUUAAAUGAGAAGGCAGCUGAGCUCGAUAUGGUAAGUGACACACUGGCUAAUGAACAGAAGAAGAUCCGGGAACUGCAGUGGGCACUGGAAAAGGAAAAGUGCAAACUAGAUAGAAAAGAAGAAAGAGACCGAGAACAACUGGAGGAUUUGAAACUUGCACUCGAUGAUCAAAAGACGAAGAGUUUGCAGUUGGGAAACAUUUUGGAACAGGAAAGACUGGUAGUAACUGAGCUCCAACAGAAACUAGAUUCUGAAAGCUCCCUGCACGCAACUGAACUGUCCCAUGAAAGAAGGCGGACCUCUGAACUUCAGAUUGCAAUGGAUGCUGAAAAAGCCAGAACUUCAGAGCUAAAUAGUGCGCUUGAACGAGAGCGACAGUUCUGUGUGCAGCUUCAACAGAGUGCAGAGGAGCACCAAACAGGGGUGCCCAAGCAAUCUGGGAGGAUGUCCGAAACACUGCUUCGGGAACUGCAGAGCCAGCUGGAAGAUAAACAUGACCGUAUAGUAGAGUUGGUGAGCGAGAUGGAGAGGUAUAAGCUGGAGUCUGUUCAGUUGAGACAACACCUAGAGGACGAGCAGCAGAUUCACAAAAAGGCUGUGUUGAAGGAACACGAGACACACAGGUUGCUGCAGCAGAAGGUGGACGCCCUGCGUAGUCAAGAAGAACUGCUGCUGCACCAGCUGGCGGAGGAAAAUCAAAAGGUCUUGAAAUUGCAAAGAGAGGAGCAGAGGCUGCAGGAAACCAUUCUAACCUUGCAGGAAAUUGAACAAGAGAGGAUGGAAAGAGAGGCAGAAAAGCAACUGGAGAGAGAUGUAGCUUUAACCGAAAAAGACUGUCAAACAGCGAACGCUUGGGAAAUUGGAUUGUCAACUGACAGAACAAGAAACUGGAUUAUUCAGCAGAAGCUUACCGCCCCAGCAACCGGGAAGAGUGCACCAGUUUGUAUCCAGCACUCCUACGCUCGCUCAUUGAACAGCUCUGAAGUCAACGGAGGAGAUGCUGCAUCUGGGGAAAACCUGAACCUGGAGAACAUCAGUCAGAGGAUGCAGAUGAUGAUUUCCAAACUAAAAGCCAUGGGGAGCAAGGAUUCUAGAAGUUGGCUGGAGCCGGGAACUGAAUCCCGCACUGCAGGAGAUGAGGACCUGAUAUGGCUACAAAAUAGCAUUCAGGAUGUGGUUUCUCAGUUACAGCAGCUGCAAGCUUCUGAGCUUCCAGAGAACAUAGCAUUUCCACCUGGUGGAUCGACUGGCACCCUCACCGAGCGACUGCUGAGGCAAAAUGCAGACCUGACGGGCUACGUCAGCAAACUAACAGAAGAGAAGAAUGAGCUUCGCAAUAGUCUCCUGAAGCUGGAGGAGCAAGUUCGCAAAUACCGCCCACGAGGUUCUAGUAGCAACCAGUUAACUAGAAGAUCCUUGGAUAACCAGGACACUAUUGAUUCUCUAAUAAAAUCAGAGAGAACAACCUGGGCUACAGAAAAGGCAGGCCUGCAGCAGGCCCUGAAGCAAGCAGAGGCAGAGCUAGUCAAGAUGAAAGCAGAAGCCCGAAGUGAAGCUUUACAGAGGAGCCUGUUUGGAUCAGAUUCUGAGGCAAUCACUAUAAAGAGAAUUUAUGGAAAGUAUCUGCGGGCGGAAAGUUUCCGAAAAGCACUGGUUUAUCAGAAGAAAUACCUUUUACUGUUGCUGGGUGGAUUUCAAGAGUGUGAGCAAGCAACGCUCUCCCUCAUAGCAAGAAUGGGAGGUCAGCCGUCUUACACUAGUCUGCAGCUCAUCACCCACCGUUCUAGGGGAUUCACCAGAUUCCGCUCUGCGGUCAGGGUUUCCAUAGCUAUCUCAAGGUUGAGAUUCUUGGUACGAAGGUGGCUGCGAGCUGCUGGGUCAAGUGGAUUGACUGGUAGUAAUAGGAAUGGGCACAGCCAAGUGACAGGUAAUGAAGUCACUUUGCUGAGCCCUGGGGGAAUGUCUCCAGAGUCAUCUGUGACUAGAGAAUUGUUUGGGGAUCGUAGACAUUGUGCAAAUAGACAAAGAUCUGGUCAAGAAUCUCCCAGGUCAACCACAAAUUCUCAAUCCAGGUGUCAAUACCUUCCAGCCGAUUCUAGUCCUGGUUCCUUUGCUUCGUCACACCUACAAAGUUAUGACCCGGACCGAGCAUUAACUGAUUAUAUUAAUAGACUGGAAGCAUUGCAGAGACGACUGGGAAGUGUACAAUCAAGUUCGACCUCCUAUACCCAACUCCACUACGGAACCAGAAGAUAAUGUCCUGGAACGGAAUUUAAAUUGCCUUUUGAGGCUGUGCUUUGUUUUUGUAUUGUUUUAUGUAUACUGUGGGACCAUCAUGAAUAUAUUGAAAACAGCAGUCUUUGCCAGCAAGUCCAGAUGAAAUGAGUUUAAAAUGUUUUUUCCUUUAUAUACAUUGUCAGCUUCCAGUGUGCAGAAUGCAAUUUGUCUAAAUGAAUUACAUGUAUAUUUGUGGAAUGCUAAUUUAAACAUGAUUAUAAGUUAUACUGUCUAUUUAAAAGGUGGAAGGAAGGCAUCUGUUUACUAAAAUGGCUUCAAGUGCACUGCAGUCCAGCAAAUGACUGCUAAGGUUACACUAUGUGGUCCACAAAUGGCUCUGCUGUUGUGGACAGUAUACUGUUUGUAGAGGAAUUAUUUUUGUAAAGGUAGAAGUUUUGAAUUUUAUGGGUAUUUUAACAAAAGUACUGGAAUAAAAAUGAAUUUGAAGUUGAAA